UACGUCAAACCGUCACACAAUUGCAUGACACAAGCUGACACAAGCCGCGUCGCGCUACAGUGCGUGCCACACAGCAUACCACGGCAUACUUUUGUGCUUCAGGUAAACGUCAGCACUGUAAAUAGAAGCACUGGAAAAGUGGAAACGCUUCAUGAAACGGGAAGGCGCCGGCCGUUUUCACGCUGCGCACCAGUGUCUAAAGACUCUAGAGUGCGAUCGGGCUAUUUCAACGUCUCGCCAUCAGAAUUGCAACUAAAUUUUCGGAGUAAUCACGAGAAUGGCCAACUCCCCAGUGGUUAAUCCGGAAAUUCCCUAUGUGGGAAAAGUAGAAGGAGGUCUGAGGGCAGGUACAAUGGUAAAGAUACAGGGCAAGGUACCACCUCAAGCUGUGCGAUUUGCUAUUAAUUAUCAACUCGGACCGACAUUAAAUCCAAGAGAUGAUAUAGCCAUUCAUGUGUCGCCAUGCUUCCCCGAGGGCUUUGUUACCAGAAACCAUAUAGAGUCGAUGAACUGGGGCAUGGAGGAGAAUGCUGGUCCAUUGUGGAUUCAGCCAGGCCAAGAAUUCGAAAUACUGAUCCUGUGUGACCAUUACUGCUACAAAAUCGCCAUCAAUGGCAGACACUUUACAGAGUUUGUCCAUCGAUUGCCGUUUAUAAAAGUUACUCAUCUUGUUAUUGAUGGUGAUGUCGAGAUACACUCUAUUGCAUAUGAACAAGUACCAGUUGAUUCGUUGAGACCCCCUACAGCACCAGAUAAUGUACAAACUGCUAACUUUGGACCACCACCACCAGGUGGUUUAUAUCCAACAAUUCAACCUCAAGGUGGAUAUGGACCUCCUCCUUCGACUGGUUACGGUCCUCCUCCUCCUCCUCCUUCCAGUGCCUAUGGUGGUCCUGAUGGUUAUAAUCCACCAAGAGCCUAUGGCCAUCAUCCUGAUCGUGAGAAAGCAGAGGAAGAGGGCAUCUUUGGAGACUGUAUGGACAAAGUUGGAUUAGCGAUAGGUGGAUUAGUAGCAGCAGGAGGCGUAGCGGCGGCUAUGCACGCAUUGAAUAAAAAGAAGGAAGAAAACGAAGAAAAAGAUCAUGAGAAAUCAGAUGCUUCUAAAUCGAAGACGGAAAGCGAGGGUGGUUUCGGAAGUUUAGCUGGGUCUCUUGGAAUGGCCUUAGCUAGUAGCUUGGCAAGCAACGCCUUGCACAACAACGCACACGGACAACAAGGCUAUCCUUCUCAACAGCAAUCGGGUGGCGGCGGUGUAUUGGAUUCUAUUUUUGGAGCAUUGGGUGGUGGAAGUUCUCAUCAGCCUGGUUAUCCUUCAAAUCAGCCAUCUGGCGGUGAUGGUCUAAGCGGAACAUUAGGAUCUCUACUCGGUGGCGUUCUCGGCGGUGGUGGAGGUCAUCAGCAACCAGCGUAUCAACCUUCAGGAGGAUACGUCGGAUAUCAACCAUCAGGUGGUUAUCCAGGUGGUGGAUACGGCGGUCAGAGUUCUGGCGGAUCGGAUCUAUUGUCGGGAAUAGGAUCUGCCUUAUUUAGUUCGGCUCUGGACGGUCUAAGCAAACGUGGAAAAGAUAAAUCUCAUGACGAACACCGUUCCCAACCGUCUCAUCCGAAUUACGAGCCUCCUCCACCAACACCACCUGCACCGAAAUCAGCCCCGCGCCCAGAAACUCCUCCGUCUUCCGGCGGAAACAAAUUAACCGCGGAUGAAAUUUCAAAGGGACUUGGUUUGGACGAUUAAAUGCUUCGACGAGGCGGAAGAAUUCGGUCCGCAAGUACACUUAUAGUGACGAUUUUAUGCUCUCUUGUUGUUUAAAAGCAUAAUCUAUAAUGUAUCAUCAUGAAUCUCGUUUAUCAAAGUAUGUUAUACGAUAUACAUUUAUUCAUCUCCUAACGCCAGUGGAUUUUUAGUCAUGGCAGCUACAUCAAACGCAAAUGCAAAGAAAUAUUACUCAAUAUUAUAUAUGAAUCUCGUACGUUAUGAAUUCUUCUCAUAUGGAUGUUAAGUAGGACUAAUUAUAAGCUUGUUCUAAAUCGCUUUUAAAGAUUUUAAGGAUGCAUAUUUUAGAUAAGAAUCAAGAUAAAAAUCAAAUACACACUGCUCUUUAUUUAACGCUCAAA